AUGAAGGCCAUUAUAACAGCUCUAGCCCUCAUCAGCAGCUACACUUUGGCUGCACCAGCUGAGCAACUUGUCAAGAGAGCGUCCGCCAGCGACUCAGCUACCGGCUACGCGAGUCUCAACGGAGGCACAACUGGUGGCGCCGGCGGUACCACAACCACAGUCUCCAGCUAUGCAGCCCUCGCAACGGCCGUGACUGGAAAUGACAAAAAGGUGAUCUUCGUGUCUGGCACAAUUACCCAAACAGCCGAUCAGAUCAGACCUGGUAAUAACACCAGUAUCAUUGGCAAGAACUCGAGUGCCAAGUUGGUGAAUUUUGGAAUUCUUGUCAAAGAAGCUUCAAACGUGAUUAUUCGUAACUUGGGUAUUUGCAAGGUUCUUGCUAAUAAUGGAGAUGCGAUUGGCGUUCAAUACUCCAACAACGUCUGGAUCGACCACGUCGACGUCUCAUCUGACCGCGACCACGAUAAGGACUAUUACGAUGGCUUGAUUGAUCUCACCCACGCCGCAGACUUCAUAACCGUCUCCAACAGUUACAUCCACGACCACUGGAAACCCUCGUUGAUCGAGCACUCCGACUCCAACGGUGCCCAAGACACCGGCCACCUGCACGUAACCCAAAACAACAACUACUGGCACAACAACUCUCGCACACCUUCCAUCCGUUUCGGUACGGGCCACAUCUACAACAGCUACUUUGACCAAGUCAACGAUGGUGUAAACACUCACGAUGGAGCACAGGUGCUUGUGCAGUCGAAUAUCUUUGUCAACUCUAGCCAGCCGCUGUAUUCGACGGAUGAUGGGUAUGCGGUUGCGACAGAUAAUGAUUUUGGAGGUGCAAGCAACAAAGCGGAGGCGGGCACGUUGAAGUCUGUGCCGUAUAGUUAUUCGUUGCUAGGGAGUAUGAAUGUGAAGGCAUCUAUUGUGGGGACGGCUGGGCAGACGUUGUCUUUCUAG